UCAGCUGAGAUCCAACACAACACAAAAGUGUGGUUGGAAAAAUUAUUUUUUAUAACGUUAAGUGAAAAAUCGAAUUUUCCAAUGAUUCUACGUUGAAAUACGGUAGAAAUGUGUCGGCGUUUCGUGUUGUUUUGCGUUAUUUUGUGUUUUAAGUAUGUGGCGUUAUCCGAGUGGAAAAAACCCACAGUUUUCAUUGCUAUUUUGGCCCGGAAUAAAGCUCAUACAUUACCUUAUUUUUUAACAACUUUGGAGAACUUGGCCUAUCCGAAAGAUCGGAUUUCGUUGUGGAUUAGAAGUGAUCAUAACAGUGAUAAAACCGUAGAGAUAUUGCAUAAAUGGAUUGCCACUGUGAAAGAUCAGUACCAUAUGAUUAAUACAGCAUUUGUGGAGGGUGAAGAAUCAUAUGUGGAUGAGCAUGGUCCCGCUCAUUGGACCAAAGAAAGAUUCAAUCAUGUCAUAAGUUUGAGGGAAUCUGCCUUAAAUUUGGCCAGGGAUCUUUGGGCAGAUUAUUUUUUGGCCUUAGACUGCGACGUUUUUUUAACGAAUCCACAAACACUAAACAUUCUCAUAUCAAAAAAUUACACCAUUGUGGCCCCAAUGUUGAAGUCCGAAGGUUUAUACUCCAACUUUUGGCACGGGAUGACUGAUGAUUACUAUUACCAAAGAACCGACGACUAUAAACCCGUAUUAAAUAGAGAAAAAGUGGGUUGUUUUAAUGUGCCGAUGGUACAUUCUUGUGUAUUGGUUGAUUUAAGAAAAUACGUAUCGGAUCUGUUGACAUACAAUCCCCAACAAGUGCCGAAUUUUGAUGGGCCAGUUGAUGAUAUUAUCACAUUCGCUAUCGCAGCGAAUCGGAGUGGAGUGUCACUGAAUUUGUGCAAUGAUGAAACGUUUGGUUAUGUUAUGGUGCCGUUGGAACAAGAUGAUAAAUUGAUAAUGGAUCUUGACCAGUUGACUAAUAUUAAGUUGGAAAUUUUAUCUGAAGAGGAACCUCUAGUUGUUAGUAAAUUGUUAGAAUCUUAUAUAUCAUUUCCGGAGAAGGAUACGCUAGGAUUUGAUAAAAUUUUUAUGAUCAAUUUGGUGCGGCGGCCGGAGAGGAGAAGACGUAUGAACUUGUGUUUUGAUGAGCUGGGACUACAUGUUUCAGUUGUGGAUGCUGUGGAUGGAAGGACGUUAAAUUCCAGCGUUCUCCAAGGAAUAUCACCCCUGCCGGAGUAUGCAGAUCCUUACCAUAAGAGACCUAUGACUUUGGGGGAAAUUGGUUGUUUCCUGAGCCAUUAUAAUAUCUGGAAAGACAUUGUUCGUAAAGGAUACGAAACCACUCUUGUUUUGGAAGACGAUAUUAGGUUUGAGCCAUUUUUCAGGAGUAAAGUACUGAAUGUAAUGGUGGAAGUAAAACGUGUUUCCGGAUGGGAUUUAGUAUAUUUUGGUCGCAAGCGUUUGCAAGAAAACGAAGAACCAUGGGUAGAAGGAUCGAGUUUGCUUGUUGAAGCUGGGUAUUCGUACUGGACGCUGGGCUACGUUUUAAGCUUGAACGGAGCAAAGAAACUUCUGAACGCUGACCCGUUGUCUAAACUGCUGCCGGUUGAUGAGUAUUUGCCUAUAUUAUUUGAUAAGCAUCCACAGACCACUUGGAAAGGGUAUUUUCCUCAGAGAAAUUUAGUUGCUUUGUCAGCUGCACCUUUGCUUGUCUAUCCGACUCAUUAUACAGGGGAACAAGGUUAUAUUAGUGAUACAGAAGACUCGGUCCUUGCUAAGGAAAAUAUUCCUACCGCGAGGGAUGAUCUCUGAUUAUUAUUAUUUUGCAUUUAAAGUUUCCUUUGAAAAAAAUUGUUUGAUGUUCCUACUAACGUACCUCACUAUUUUUUCAUUAGGUGAUGUCUAAUUUCGUUUUUAUGUGCCAUUAUAUGGAUGCCAUAAACACAUUAAUUUUUAUGAUAAGCUGUAAGUUGCUUAUAAAAAUGUGCCUUAACAUUUUAUGUCCAAUUUUCUAAUAUUUAAUAAAAUAAAUUCUCGAA